AUGAGGGUUUGCUCUGCGUCGUUUUACUUGAGUGUCAUUCUGAUUUCUGCUCUCUACACACUCAACUUUUUCUCUGUACCGCGUUCAGGUGUAUCAUCAAUUGCACGUUCUAUUAUUCUUCAUAAUAAGCCAAUUAUAGUUGCUCACCGUGGUGGUCGUGGUCUUCGUCCUGAGAACACGUUAGCAGCGAUGAAAUACACUUAUGAGCAUUAUAAGCCUGGUUUUAUGGAGAGUGACAUUCACAUAACUCGAGACGGUGAGUUCAUUUUUAUACAUGACGACACAUUAGACCGUACGACCAACGCUACUGGAUAUGUCAGAGACUACACUUUGAAGGAGUUAAGAACGUUUGACUUUGGCUAUCACUUCACUGAUGGGAAGAGUUACCCAUACCGAGGGACUGGGGUUCAAUGUUCGACUCUUCGAGAAGGCUACGAGUAUUUGAAAGACAAGAACAUCCCUCUUUCUGUUGAAAUCAAAGACCGAGAUAUCCGAGUGGUCGACCAUUUAGUGGACUAUUUGAAGACUCUUCCCGGGUAUGACCGGUUCAUGUGUUUCUGUAUAGCUGACAAUGAGAUGUCCGAUUACUUCAAAGAGAAGACAAACUACCAGUUGUGCUACGAAGGCAGUGAAAAAGACGUUGCGAUGUAUCUGAUCACCGGUCUUGCUGGCCUUCGGAAUUUGUACUACUCAAUAUACCCCAAUUACAACCGAUUCCACCACGAACCCUUUUUGUCCGUUGGCGGCAUCUCAAUGGCUGAAAGGAGUUUGAACGUCGAGAACGAAAAGCUCAAUUUGGAAAAUUUCUAUUUUACAAUUAAUAAGAGGGAGGACGCUGCAAAGUGUAUCAUCGACGAUUGCGAUGGGAUGACAAGCGAUCGACCGGAUAUCAUAGAAGAGCUUUUGGUCGCUAUUAAAAACAGAAAGAGUGUGACGGGAAAGCGAUUUGAUGGUGUUGUCUCUCUCGAUGCAAAGAAUGUCAGUUGGGACUGCGAGUCGUGGCUUUGUUUAUUUGUAGACACCGUGUGUGCAAAUGUGACUAUUCCAGUCUUUUUGUGGAUUGUCACUUUUAUUGUCUUGGUGAUCAUUUUAUCGGUUGUGAAUGUCAUCAUUUGGAUGAUCAAAUUGCCGUUUGCAAAGCCAAAGACAUUGUGA